AUGUCGGCAUCCGGAAGGAUAUACCAGAAUCCAGACAAUCCUCGAGAGCUUUGGUUUAACCUGGGCUGGUACAUCAAGGACAAGUACAAGUUUCCAUCUUACGAGGGCUGGAUGGGAGAAUUCGUCAGCGCAGACGACUACAACAAUGUUGUUAAAGGCCUGCAGGACGAGUUGAACGGCUCAACUGUCACGGAAACGAAAGAUCAGGUUGAUCAAAGCGCAGUGGGCUGCUGCCUCAUUACGCUGUGCUUAGCUUGCCCCGUUUGCACUUGCAAAGUGUUAUGUUACGAUUGCGGGCUCAAAAGCCUGAAAGGAAAGCUGACAAGCAGGUUGGAGAAGUCCGGCAUCCAGCAAGACAUGCGGAUCGAGUUCGUGAAAGUCCAUGAUGGCAAGAAGGGAAACGUCUGGAAGGACACAUGGUCAACACCUUUGCAGCUCAAGAAAAAUGGAGAACCACCGUGUGAAGGGGGACCACCGCCAGGAUGCAACCUUGUGAUCAUCACCAAGCAGCCGAUCCUGUGGCCCCCACAAAAAGAGAGCAAAGACGCCCUCGCCGAUGCCUUGCAGAUGGGGGUAGCCGGAGCUAAAAGUGCCAUCCAGGGUGCCGUGGCGUGGGCACAAUCUGACGAAGUGCAGAAUGCCGUCAAGGGUGCCGUGGACAAAACCAAGGAUGCUGCCAAGGCUGCUGUGGAAUGGGCACAGUCCGACGAAGUGCAGGAUGCGGUAAAGGGUGCCGUGGACAAGACCAAGGAUGCCGCCAAAGCUGCCGUGGAAUGGGUGCCGAAGCAAUACUGUAUCAGCCCGGGGGUUUGA